GGGCCGCGUACGUGCCGAGCUAAAGCCAUUAGCUUCCUCCUUCAGACUCUCCCCGGUGUGUGUAGCUGGCUGUCCCGCAUCAUGUUCAGAGCCGCCGUCCGUCUCUCGGUCUCCAGUGUCCGGAGUAUCACCCGUACACAGCCGGGAUGUCAAGCUCUUUUGGCCUCGAGGGGUUACUCGCAUGGGAAGCAGGAGACGGACGAGGAGUUUGAUGCCCGCUGGGUCACCUAUUUCAACAAGUCAGACAUUGAUGCAUGGGAGCUGAGAAAAGGGAUGAACACACUGAUUGGUUAUGAUCUGGUACCCGAGCCAAAGAUAGUGGAGGCAGCUCUGAAAGCCUGUCGGAGGCUAAACGACUUGGCGAGCGCUAUCCGAAUUUUGGAAGCUGUGAAGGAUAAAGCCGGCCCUCAUAAAGACAUCUACCCGUAUCUGAUCCAAGAGCUGAAGCCAACAUUAGAGGAGCUUGGCAUCUCUACACCUGAGGAGCUUGGCAUUGACAAAGUGUAGAUGAGUAGAUCUAAUGAUGGUGGAUAUCCCCAGGACACAGAACCCUUCACCUAACUGUUUGCCCUACAUGAUACCUGUGAUAUUUAAUUGGGCCUUUUAUUAAGUUCUUUUGCUUGUGACAUAUUCAUGAAUCUAAUAAUAAAUUAGAGUGAAGUUUCACAAAUACUUUGGGAUAUUUUAAACGGUUUGAGUACUUGAAGCAUUACGCUCUAUUCAUUACAAGUUGCUUUAAUGGGGAGCAGAGCGUCACUUCUCUGGUGGAGUGUGUCCGUACAUCGUAUGACAGUCACCGUUUGCCACCAGGGAGCAGCGUUUUCACAUGAAUGUCAAAAUCAUUCUACUGUAUCAAUCUGCAUUGCAUCUGUUUUCAUUUCAGGGAAGAUUUAAUUGCUUGUAAAAUAAAGGUGUUAACAUGUCA